CUUGGAUUUCACAGUGUACAAUAAAAGGUAGAUUUAUCAUUCUUUGGAAUACUCGUUAACUCCGAAAGCAAGAGUUGAUGCGUGAAUCUGAAGGGCCAUCUGAUGCAGAGAGAGAAAGGAAGCUCUGAGGAGGAGCCCCCUUCUCUCCUCUGGGGUCUAGAUCCCAUCUUCUCUACGUUUGCCAGACUGUACAUUAAAGACAUUUUGCAAAUGAAGGAGUCCUGUCAGGUCCCAGGUAUAUUUUUCUACUGCUCACACCCAAUUUGCAAAGUGGAUGUUUUAGGAACUGUGGUGUAUAAAAGAGAGCGAGAGGACUUCUUCUGCUAUGGAGUGGAUGAUGGCACAGGGGUCAUUAACUGUCUCUGCUGGAAGGAUGAGCAAUGGAAAGAGGAUUCUGAAGCUCUUAAAUCAGUAGCCAAGCCACAAGGUCCCACACUGAGCGGGUUUAACCUGGCAGAACAGUUCCAGAAACUGCAGCUGGCCCAGCGGAGAAGCUCCUAUCUGGAGAUUGGAGACCUUCUGAGGGUCAGAGGCCCUGUCAAGACUUCCAGACAGCAGAGGGAAAUCAGCGCCUCCGCCUACUGUAAGAGAAAAUUGUACCUUGACAUUUUAGAUAAAGUGGAAGACCCAGUGCUGGCAGUGCAGAUCUCUCGGAUGAUGGAAGUUCCCCAGCUCUAUCGGAGGUUCUAUGACAAACCCUUUCAAGUUCCACACGGUCUGCAGGAGAGAUCAAGUGACUGUGAUUUGGAGGGGGUCACGUCACUUCCCAGCCUGCUUGGACAGGUGUGCUUAAGCCUGAAAGACUUCCUGAGAAAGGAAGCUGUCCAGAGCUUCCACCCCAAUGACCUGGAGACAGUGAAUUCACUCGUGUCACUAGCUAGCCAUGAUCUUCAGAAUGGCCCAGAUCAGCAGCAAGCUGCCAGAUCCUUGUCAACCUCAAAACAAAUACACAGUGUGUUCAGAGAGGCCAUUCAAGUUCUGCAGGAAGAAGGGCUGUUGUUCCGGAAAGCUGGUUCUCAAGAGGAGGUCUACCAGGUAACUGAGCAGGAUAAGGAGCUACACAGGGUGACCAAAGAAAUUAUCUGUGAGGACUCUAGGCGAGAGAAAUAUGCAGAAAAGGGCUGCCAUUUCCUGCAUAUCCUGUCCUGUGUGAGGCAGAGCUAUAGCCGCAAUAUCAGCGAGGCUGCCAUGCGCCUGGUCCUGAGCGCACUGGAGUGCAACAGUGAUAUAAUCAGCACCACGGACAGCCACUAUACAGCCCUCUGACAGGACGCCACCCCUCAUGAAUCUGUGUGGGUGAUGGUCAGACAGGAGUGUUCUCCGUUACAUAGAGGAACCUUUAAUGAGCUUUUUUCAAAUCUGUAUCCUGUUGACAACCAUGGCCAAGGUACAAAGAAUAAGAGACUGGGAAUGGUCCAGUGGAGAUGUAAGUCAAACUAGCACAAAGGCAGCAGAGUCUGAAACAGGGCAUGUUCCACUUCAUGACUCCAGUGAUUUAUGUCUUGUUUCUGUUUAUUGCAUCAUGCAGUACCACUCCUGAAAGUAAAGACUGUAGGAGAUCCAUAGGUUGUUAGACAGAUUACUGUGACAGAGUUGUCAUGCACUUUUAAUCUGUUGCUUUUCAAAUAAUGGCAUCACUUGUGCAAAAUACAAAUAACACAUGGAGUAUACUUUAUUAUUGUUAAUCGAGGGAAAGCCAAAGCUUGGUCAUUCAUUUAAGUGAAAUCAGUGCAUCCAAUGCGUUAACAGCGCAUGAACUAUGUUAAACGUAGUCUGCAACAGGAAGCAGGUUUCUAAGGGUUUGGGACGCUAGAUGGCGCUGCUUGACAGCGAAUUUUACGUUUGGGCUCUGGAAAAGAGCGUCGAUCUUGGUGGAUAGAUUUUUUUGUUUAAUUUUUUGAAGUUUUUAAAAUGCUUAUUUGUAUAAAUUAUUUUGUAUUUUCAAGUUACAUUAUAUUUUAUGCUCACAUUAUGCUGUAAUAAAAUGUAAUCUGGAUAAAGCGGUUAGAAAGAGGAUAAAAUAACUAAUAUUAUGUGAUCUUUAUCGGUUUUCCAUGUAUUUUUGUCUUGAUGGCAUGAAAAAGGAAAAGGUACUUACAUAUUUUUAAUAAUAAAUUGACAGAAAAUGUUUUUAAAACAUUUUAU